AUGCGGCUUCCGUCGAUCAACCCGUUCCUCCUGUUCACCUCUCUCGCGACCGUCGUCCUUCCUACGAGCGCCGAAUAUGUGCUUCGAUCGAGCUCGCUGGCAUCGUGCCAGGAAAACUCGGGCUUCACGGCUAGUCUGUUUGAUGUCGUCUUCACCCCGAAUAACCUCACGGCUUCCAUCAACAUGAUUGCGACAUCGUCUAUCGAGGGCCAUGUCGUUUUCGAUAUCUCCAUUUACGCCUACGGGUACCCCAUCAUCCGCACCGAGGUCGACCCAUGCGAGGCCAACCUCCCUGGUCUGUGUCCCAUGACAUCCGGCAAGAUGAACAACCCGUUCAACCUGCCCGUUACCAAGGAUGCGAUUGCGCAAAUCCCGUCUAUCGCAUACACUUUCCCGGACCUCGAUGCAACGGUCCAGGUAUUCAUUAACAGGACCGAUGGGGACCGCGCUGGGGAGAGCAUCGCUUGCGUCGAGGCCAAUAUCUCGAACGGAAUGACAGUGGAUCUUAUCGGUGUGAAAUGGGCCUCUGCUGGUGUGGCAAUUCUCGCCCUUAUUUCUUCGGCCAUCAUCAACGGCCUGGGAUUUUCCAACGCCGCCUCGCACGUCGCAUCCAACACCCUCUCGCUGUUUGGCUACUUCCAGGCCCAGGCCAUGCUCGGCCUCUGUGCCGUGCCGCUUCCGCCCGUUGUGAAGUCGUGGACCCAGGAUUUCCAGUGGAGCAUGGGCAUCAUCAAGGUCGGAUUCAUUCAGGACAUCCUAACGUGGUAUCAGCGGUCGACCGGCGGCGAGGCCUCUACUAUACUCGAUACCCUCCACACCGUUUCCGUGCAGGUCGAGAAGGUCAAGCGUUCCGUGCCGCUUUUGGACUCCGCCGUUGACCUUGUUGGACGGUCGGCCGGCGGGCUCUCCAAGCGAGCCAUUGAGACCUCGUACGGCAGCUACAUCGUCUACGGUAUCCAGAGGGUCGCCUUUCGGGCCGGCAUCGAGACAACUAACCUGUUCCUGACUGGCUUGACCUUUUUCUACAUCUUCAUGGUGAUGGCUGCCCUCUGCGUGGUGCUGUUCAAGGGCAUCUGCGAGUUGCUUGUGCGCAUGAAAGUGAUCCAGAGUGACACUUUUGCUGAAUUCCGUGCGGGGUGGUUGACGGUCCUCAAGGGCGUUCUUUUUAGAUGGCUGCUCGUUGGUUUUCCCCAGCUCACCAUCUUUUGUUUGUGGGAAUUCACGCAGAACGACUCCCCGGCCGCCAUGGUACUCGCCGUGUUCUUCUUCUUCGGCGUCGUCAUUACUCUCAGCUAUGCUGCUUACAGGGUGAUUCGGAUUGCCCGCCGCUCUGUCGCUCUCCACCGGAAUCCCGCCUACAUCCUCUUUUCCGACCCGCAUGCCUUGAACAAAUGGGGUUUCUUAUACGUGCAGUUCCGCGCCUCUGCCUAUUACUUUAUCGUCCCGGUCCUCGUUUACAUCAUCGUCAAGGGCAUGUUCAUCGCCUUUGCCCAGCGCGCCGGCACGGUACAGGCGGUGGCCCUGAUCAUCAUCGAGGCGGCGGCACUCAUCACGGCUUCGGUCUUGCGACCGUGGAUGGAUAAGAGCACCAAUUCUUUCAACAUCGCCAUUUGCGCCAUGAACUUCAUCAACGCCAUCUUCCUAUUCGUCUUUACUGACGUCUUCGGGCUCCCGAGAUUGGUCAUUGGCGUGGUGGGUGUCGUUCUCUGGAUCGCCAACGCCGCCUUUGCGCUCAUCCUCCUGCUGAUGCUGAUCAUCACGACCGGAAUCAUCCUGUUCCACAACAACCCCGACACACGCUACCAGUUCAUGAACGACGACCGCACGUCCUUUAUGAAGUCGCAGUCGCACCUCGGCACGACGACUGAGCUCGACGCCCUAGGCGCGACGGCUCGCGGCGAUGGGAAGCUGUUCAAGCGGAGCGAUCUGGAGGAUGACGAAUCGGCCGUCUCGGGCCAGGAACACAUGGCUGCCCGCGCCGGAUCGCCCCACUCGGGACCUUACCGUGACUCGAACGGGGGGUCCAUCAGGGACUCGGCGCGGAACUCGGUGCGCAGCUCGUUCCGCGCGCCCGUCGACCCCGUGUCGGGCACCUACCAAACAGAUCCGCACCAUCUGCGGGGGAAGCCGAGCGGGAGUAUCAGGGCGCCGAGCAUUGGCCCGUCGGGGUCGUCGACGAAUCUGUCGCAGGGGGCACAGACGGGGCCAAAGCCGCCAGCUGGGGCACCGUAA